GGCUUCGCGCCGCCUGCAGCUCGGGUUGCGCAAACGGCAGAGGGAGGAGCCGGAGCCCGAGGUCCGGCCAACUAGAGGAGGGGAAGGCGGAGCUUGAGUCUCAGUAGAAGCCUAGGCUCUGCUUGCUCUGUAGUUUCCCCGGAGAGAGGCAGGAGCAGGAUCCUGAGCGAUCACAGCCCGCCGAGCAUCCUCUCCAGCAUCCCGAGCCCGGGAGUGCAGGUGUGCGGGAGAAGCCAUCUAGUGCCAGAAAGUCCAUUCCAAGUAUACAAGUCUCAACUGGCUCACUUACUUGAAACCAUUCCAGGAUGGCUUAUUUUGGAGUGUUCUCUUUACUGGCUAUACAAAGUGUGGUGAUAGGGGCUACUUUCCCAGAUGAAACCAUAGCUGAGUGGUCAGUAAAUAUGUAUAACCAUCUUCGAGCCACUGGAGAAGAUGAAAACAUUCUCUUUUCUCCACUGAGCAUUGCCCUCGCAAUGGGAGUGAUGGAGCUUGGGGCUCAAGGAUCUACUUUGAAAGAAAUCCGCCAUUCAAUGGGAUACGAUGGCCUGAAAAAUGGUGAAGAAUUUUCUUUCCUGAAAGAUUUUUCUAACAUGGUCUCUGCCGAAGAAAGACAAUACGUGAUGAAAAUUGCCAAUUCCCUCUUUGUGCAAAAUGGAUUUCAUAUCAAUGAUGAGUUCUUGCAAAUGAUGAAAAAGUACUUUAAUGCAGAAGUUAAUCAUGUGGAUUUCAGUCAAAAUGUAGCUGUGGCCAACUACAUCAAUAAGUGGGUGGAGAAUUAUACAAACAGUCUGUUGAAAGAUUUGGUAUCUCCAAGGGACUUUGAUGCUGUCACUCAUCUGGCCCUCAUCAAUGCUGUGUACUUCAAAGGGAAUUGGAAAUCACAGUUUAGACCUGAAAAUACCAGAACUUUUUCCUUCACUAAAGAUGAUGAAAGUGAAGUACAGAUUCCAAUGAUGUAUCAACAAGGAGAAUUUUAUUAUGGGGAAUUUAGUGAUGGAUCCAACGAGGCUGGUGGCAUCUACCAAGUUCUAGAAAUACCCUAUGAGGGAGAUGAGAUUAGCAUGAUGCUGGUACUGUCCAGACAGGAAGUUCCACUGGCCACACUGGAGCCUCUGCUCAAAGCACAGCUGAUUGAAGAAUGGACAAACUCUGUUAAAAAACAAAAGGUGGAAGUAUACCUUCCCAGGUUCACAGUGGAGCAGGAAAUUGAUUUAAAAGACAUCUUUAAAGCCCUUGGAGUCACUGAAAUUUUCAUCAAAGAUGCAAAUUUGACUGCCAUGUCAGAUAAGAAAGAGCUGUUCCUCUCCAAAGUUGUUCACAAGUCCUUCAUCGAGGUUAACGAAGAAGGGUCAGAGGCAGCUGCAGCCUCCGGAAUGAUUGCAAUUAGCAGGAUGGCUGUGUUGUACCCUCAGGUUAUUGUGGACCACCCAUUUUUCUUCCUUAUUAAGAACAGGAAAACUGGUACAAUCUUGUUCAUGGGACGAGUCAUGCACCCUGAAACGAUGAACACAAGUGGACAUGACUUUGAGGAACUUUGAAUGCUGACAUUUGAAGAAAAAGAAAGCAGUAAUAAAGCACAUUUUGUUUGCAAUUGGUAUAUAGUUAGGAUUGUCGCUUUACAGCAUUAUUUAAGGUAAUAUUUAAAGUAGUUCCGAGUAGAAGUAAUACAUGUGACCUAUAAUUCAGCCUGUCAAGAAAUGUUACCAGUAUUAAAAUUAUGGUCCUGUUGUGUCAUUGUGUCUGUUGUACUGUUGUUUAAAAUAAAAGUAUAUAUUGCGCUUGUGAGCAUUUUUUUUCACUUUGGAGGUAGUUGUAGUCUGCAACACCACUAUAGCUGAAAUUUGGAAACUGUGUUGUUUCUUUAGGAAUUGUACAACGUAAAUGAUCCUGCAACGUAAAAUGUAGAAACUGCUGUUUCUGAGUGUCUUCAUAAUCAUGCAGAAUGAACACCAAAGUGAGCAGCAUACAUGUAGAUAAUAAGCAAUAAUGUGAAGUGGAGACAAGUAAGCCACAAAAAUUGGAACUGUCAUUUACUGUAGGGCUCCAUAGCAAAACUUUUAGGAAAAAUUUGGGCUAUGUAAAGCCUAUAGAUGUUACUGAUUUGUGUCUAUACUGUAGUUUAUUCCUUUUAAGUAGUCACUAACCUGUUAUAUUUAUUUUUUAAAGUUUGAUUAGCAUCUGUGUGCCACAUGACUCUGGUAACAAGCUCAAACAUCAUAUUAGCCCCUCCUGAUGACAUCAAGGGGUCCUGUGAAUAGAUUGACUUGUACCAUUUAAGUAUGAUACUUCUUUUGAUGUUACCAGAAAGAUGAAAUCACCCAGUGGCACAUUUCCUAGAAUAUAUCCAAGGCAUCAAGUGAUACAUUGAUAUACCAGCUACUUAGAUGUCUUUACUUUAUAGAAAAAUCACCGGUCAAUGCAUCAUAUGGAAUUAGUGCAUCUCAAACUCAGUGUGUGAUGCUGUCACCUGGUCAGUUAUUACAAAUGCAGGUUCUUAUCCAGGAUGUUUAAGAUAAUAUGGGGACAAUACCUUUUUAACAAGCUCCCAAAUGAUGUCAUGGGUGUUGGAACUUGGGCUUUGCUGUUUGUCAUUGGGGUAGCAAAAUUCUACUUACUGUAAGUAUCACAUGUUUGAUAUUAAUAUGAAUACAUGAAAAAAACCUUUAAUUUUCACUGACUGAACUUGGAGGGAACCAGGAUGGGAGCAGGAUGUCAUCUGUGUUAAUAAUACAAUGCCCUUGUCAAGAAUUAGUGUGACUCUAAAGUUUUUUUAAGAACAUACUAUAGAUAAAUGUGAGAUUCUUCUGCAUAUUACAACACUUGAAAUACAGUCUUUAAAAAUAUGGAGACAUUUAUAGGCAAUACCCUUGAAAGAAUUUAUGAAUAUCCAAGGACACAGUAUUUAACAGUGAAUCUUUUACAGCUUAAAUUUUCAGAAGACUUGCAGUUUAUUCAUAAAUCUUGAUGUUAUUGUAGAAUAGUGUUCUUGUUUUCAUUUAUAAUUUAUGUAGCUGUGAUGGCUGAUGUUGAUUCAGCAUUCACAUUUUAAGCUAAGACAGUAUUUGUCACUGUAUCCUUCUUGUGAAUAUUACUCAUGUGGCUAUGCCUAUGUGUUCAUCAGUUAACUAAAUGUAUUGCCUGUAAGGAAGAAUAAACAUCAUUAUGCAAUCACA